AUGCGACCACGACCGACUCCAUCGUCAACGGCAGCAGCAACCAUCGAACAAAAAACGAAGAUCUUGAGAAUAACUCUGGCUGCAACUGUUGUCUCAUUUGUGGCUUUUCUGAUAACAUUAACAUCAACACAAUGGGUGUUUGUUACCUAUCCAGCUGAUUUCUUUUCUAAACGACAGAAUAUGGUCAUCGUUCGCUCUCGUUAUGGUAUCGUUUGGGAAUGUUUUUUUGGUCGAUUGCCAAACGUUUCCACAUCCAGUAGUAAAUGUGAUUAUCAUCAAUCUCACAUACAAAAUAAUUCAACACCAGCUGAACAAACACUUGUGGGAAUGACCCGUACGAUGCUUUCAUUUAGUAUUAUUCAUAUCCUUCUUGCAAUUGCAACAUUUAUUUGCGGAUUAUAUAGUAUUCGUGACUAUCGCUACACUUAUAAACGAUUAACAGGCAUGAUUUACAUUCUAUCCGCUGCCGCAUUACUUGUUUGUAUUGAAGUUUUAAGCACGAUAUUUCGGCAUUCGAAUGAGCAAUUGCCCGAGAUUUAUCCACCAGGCACAGAGCAUACCUAUGGUGUCUGCUAUAUAAUCGCGUGGAUUAUAUUUAUUCAAUUACUUGGAUCAUCAUUUACAUUCUUUAUUUGUAGUAAGAAACGGAAAGGAACGUUCGAUGAAGCUACAGAAGAAGAAGCAUUGGCAAAUCGACCAGUAGAUCUUGGUCGAUCAUUUCGACGUUGA